AACUGCACCGUUGGUUCUCAAGGAAUGAUUAAACGAGUUGUUGGUGCAAAGAUCGCUUGCCUUGACUUCAGUUUGCAGAAAACAAAAAUGAAGCUUGGUGUUCAAGUUCUCAUUUCUGAUCCCGAAAAACUGGACCAGAUCAGACAGAGAGAGUCUGACAUCACAAAAGAGAGGGUUCAGAAGAUUCUUGCAACCGGCGCCAAUGUUAUUUUAACCACUGGGGGCAUCGACGAUAUGUGCUUAAAGUAUUUUGUGGAUGCGGGUGCUAUGGCAGUGCGCAGAGUCUUAAAGAAGGACCUCAAACGCAUCGCUAAGGCAACUGGAGCGACUGUUUGCUCAACCCUGGCUAAUCUGGAUGGUGAAGAAAGCUUUGAGUCCCUCAUGCUUGGACAGGCAGAAGAAGUUGUCCAGGACAAAAUAUGUGAUGACGAGCUGAUCCUUGUUAAAAAUACCAAAGCACGAACCUGUUCCUCCAUCAUUCUUCGUGGAGCCAAUGAUUACAUGUGUGAUGAGAUGGAGCGUUCUGUUCAUGAUGCCUUGUGUGUGGUGAAGAGAGUAUUGGAGUCAAAGUCUGUAGUCCCAGGAGGUGGUGCUGUGGAGGCUGCACUUUCAAUUUAUCUUGAAAAUUAUGCUACCAGCAUGGGGUCACGAGAACAGCUAGCUAUUGCAGAGUUUGCAAGAUCGCUCCUU